GCCUGCUCUCUCUCGGUCAGAGUUCACAGUCGUCUGGCCCAGGGCAGUACGCAGCGGCAUGCCGCGCCCCGAGUACGCGCCCUUCAUCACAUCGCCCCGAGGCGCGUCCGUGCCCAUGCAGCAUGGAGGUCCUUCCGUCUCAGGUUCGGCCCCUUCCGCUGUCUCGGCGCUCACGGCUGCCGCGUCCGAAACCUUCAGCGCCGCUCUCAGCGUCGCCAAACUCAAUCUGCAUCGACGUCGACGUCAGACGCUCACAGACUCGAACGCGCCCACUAGUCACAGCCGCGGCAAUGGACGACGUACUCCGUACUUGGACCGAGACGAUGACGAAGAGGAUGACCCUUUUGAACCCCCACAACAGCAGCAACAGGAGAGAUACCGCAGUCAGCAUCGACCCAGGAAACCUACGCGCUCCCCUUCAUCGUCGAGAUCGCCGGCUCCGUCGCCGUCGCGAGGAUCGUCGUCUUCCACGCGGUCGGGGGGCUUUGCGUCCAUGAACUCACUGUCUCUGCGCUCGCCGUCUGCGCGUUCGUCGUCGGCCACGUCGCCCUCGAGUCUUCGCGACGAGAGCAUGUCGUCAUUGGUGAGUGAUAUGGCGCAGAAUCUGCCUGAACUCUCGACCGAACGCAUCGAAGCGCUCGUCAACUUCAUCGACAGGUCCGUAGACGACGCCUACAAUCUCAGUCUGGGCUUCGGACGCGUGCGUUGGACGCCCAGCAGAGCGAGAGAGGGCGUGACGAUACAUCGAGCGAGGAGCGGACCGGACAACACGCUGCUGGAUGCCGCUGUGAGGGGUAAAUGCAACGUCAGCGCCACGUUCCGAGAGAUCAGCGACCUGCUCAUCACGGAGACCAGCGCCGACUUUGCAGACCACGAGAGCGCAGUAAACCCCAGCGAAUUCCUGGACGGACAAGUGCUGUACACUCUGGUGCCGCGCACGCCUGAAGAGCGCUUUGUGUGUGUCAAGUGGCACUGUGUGCGGUCUCUAGCUCCUUCUGUUGCCAAGCAUAGAGACUACGUCUACGUGGAGCUUGUGGAUUCGUUCGAGGACGGCGACGGUCGUCGUGUCGGCUACAGACUGUGCAAAAGUGUAGAGCUGGACGUGCUCCCUCCUCGUGAUACUAAACACCUUUUUGUACGUGCCAAGACGCUGACACUGCAGACGUGGAGUGAGCGCGCGCCUGGGAGCCUCGAGUUUGUGACGAUGGUGAUCAACGACUUGGGAGAUCGACUGCCCUCGUGGCUGGUGCACAAAAUGGUGGACACUGCAGCCAUGCGCUCCGCCUGUAUACGAGACCACAUCAACCAGCGUCGUCUGGACAUGCUCGUGUACGCUGGGCCUAGAGAUAUGGUGCCGCUCAGUCGUCGCGUGUGCUGUGUGGUGUGUACGCGCAGCUUCUCGCUCGUACGGAAGAAGUACAAUUGUGCAGCCUGUGGCGACGUCAUCUGCAGCCAGUGCAGCGUACAGGAACUCGUGACGGCUCAUCAACGACUCAGUGAUCUAUCAGCGCCCGGAGGCAAGCGCAAGACCCGAAUUUGCGUCAAAUGCAGCAGUAAAAUGCAGAGUCGAGAGCUGCCGCGUCGUGCGUCGUCUGCGCGACAGAGCGACAGCUCUCGAGUCAGCUCGGACGGUAGUCUACGCAGCUCUCUGGCGUCUAACAGCUCCUUCUUGGCGCGCUCGCACGCGUCGGCUGGAAAAACGUCGGACGAGACUCGACGCAGUUUUCUCUCGGACUCUACGGCCGGUACAAGCUCCCAAGACUCGGUGGAAGAAGGCAACAGAGGGAGUGGCAAUGGAUCCUCCGGCAUUCGCAAGCAAGUGCCCAACAUGUUCCAGUUCCGACCAACUUCGUCGUCUAUGGGCAAGAACGACCGACUGUCCAAGGCUUCUACGUCGCCGUCGUCGCCUGGAGACGAAGAGGACAGAUUAGACGUGGAGGAACUGCAGCCGCAACUGUUAGGUGAUAGCAUUCUCGCGCCUGCACCUGUGGAACUUGAUCUAGGCAUUGGCAAGUACAAGGAGACGUUUACACAGCAGCCGACAAGAACCGAGAGAGACUACGAAGCUGAGGCAGCGGAACUGGCUGAGUUUAGUGACGAGGAACAAGAGUAUUCCGAAGACGACGCUGGCAACUUCCUCAACACUGAAGGCCACAGACACGACGCGGUACGGCAGUCGUUAUCGCAGGCUACAGUCAUGACGCUGGAUGUGGACGGCCCGACGGUGUACAAGGUGGAAGUGGCGAGUUUCCUGACUGAAGAAGAGAAUGCCAGCUUGGACACCAUGUCCAAUGACUCGGACUCUGCCAGUUUUCUCACUGUGGACGAGAACUCGAAGAUCGUGGAGAGCAGGUUUAGUGGCAAGAUGGACAACGUGCCUAUCCCCGUGCAGGUGGAGGAGCUCAUUGUCGAAGAAAUCAUGCCGGAGAAUGUGCGCACGGUCCCGCGCCGCAGCUUGGAGUUGGAGGAAGUGGAGGUGGAAGAGCUGGUCAUAGAGGAGAUCCAGCCUGUAAAUGUGGGCAUCGUCCCAAGACGCUCCGAGGAGUUCGUGGUGGAAGAGAUCCAGUCUGAGAAUUCUUCUCGACUGAGUAUGGAGACACAGGAAGUGGAAGUGCCCAUGGUGGUGCGCAAGGUAGCCAAGAAGUUGGUCGUUGGCUCAGGUGGACGUCGCAGUCGUGAUUCCAGACGAGCGCCGGCCCCGCGGCCUACAGGAGCUCCUCCUCCACCUCCUAAGGUGGCAGACAUGCUUACAAAUAGUAUGGCCAACGCCAGUGCCACGAAGAAGGCACGUGCUGCGCCACCUCCGACCCCAACGACAACACAGAAGUCCACACCGGCGCCAAUGCCAGCGCCUGCCCCAGAACCGGAAGAGGAGACACUCAAGCUUGAAGACUUGCAGGUGCAUCUGGACCGAAUGAACCAGAUCUCGGCCAGUCUGCGUGAUCUUCGCAAGGAAAUGAAGUCGACGACCGAGGCCCCGGUCAGUACGCAGACGGCUAUGGCUGCACUCACAUCCUUCGAAACGAAGGCAAACGCCGAGCGAGCAGCCAAGAUCGCAGCCAACUUCAUCAGCCUAUUGGACCGGAACGCAGCCCCCGCAGCUCGACGUGCUCAGCAGCAUCUGAAGCAGCAUGACGGACCCCGUACGAGUCUGUUCAACUUGACGCUAGCCAUGGGUGAUGGGACCUUCGUGGACUACCUCGUGGACUCGACGUUUGAGGACGUCGGGGAGAGCCCCGACGGCCAAGGCAUCGGGUGGCAGGCUGUGGUCUCGCAAACGACAGGCAAGCAGUAUUUCUUCAACCAGAACUGCGCGCUUGCGUCCUGGACUUUGCCUGGACCCGACGUGUACCGGGGAAUGGUGUACAUGGUGCUCUAAGAUCUGGAGACCCCCGUAUUAUUUAGCUAGCAACAAAAGGAGACCAACUUGAGUCCAAUCCGUGUACAGUUCUGCGUCUAAGGAAACCAGAGCAAACAAAAUAAAAGAAUAGUGACGUCCAUCAAAUGCUUACCGCUCUU